AUGGAAGAAGAGGAGGAAUCUGAGGAAGAGGUAAAGCCAAAGAAGAAACCAGUACCAGUUAAAAAGCCACCUCCAAAGUAGGCUGACUCUGAUGAGGAAGAUGAUGAUGAAGAAGAAGAAAGUGAUGAGAGUCCGUAGAAGAAACCUGCGUAAAAACCAGUUCCUAAAAAGAAACCUUAAAAUGAUGAUUCAGAUGAAGAAGAGGAAGAAGAGUAGGAUGAUGAAGAAGAGGAGGAAGAUGAAGAUGAAGACUAAUCAGCCAAGAAAAAGCCAUAGGCAUCUCAAUUAAAAGGAAAGUAACAGCAAUAACUAUAAACUCAAAGCGAAACAGUUAUAAGCAAGUAGAAAUAAGAAAUCGCAGAUUUGCGCUAAUAAUUAGAAGAACUGUAAGAGAGUCUUGAUGAAAAAAAUGCUUCAAUUAAAAGUCUAGGCAAGAAGGUUGCAAGUUAAGAUGAGUAAAUAGAAGAGUUAAAUAAUUCACUUGAGAAGUCAGAGAAAAAUUUAUAAGUGCAUUAAGAUAGUAUUACUAAUUUGUAAGACGAGCGAGAUGAUCUAGAUAAAAGAUUAGUUGAAUAGAUGUAGUUUACAAGAAAGCAGCUAUAGGAGCAUACUGAUUGCAUUAUUGAGUUACGAGAAGAACUGGAAGCUAAAAAUAAGGAGUUUGGUGUACUUAAGGCAAAGCUGCACUUAGAUUUACUGAAUUUAGAUAUUCAGAUCAUGGCAGAGUACCCAGAUAUGGUAGAGGAGAAUAAUGAAUUGUAUCAGAAAAUUGAUGUCAUGGAUGAAGAGAUUAAAAGCUAUCAUAAUAAGAUCGAGUAGAUGCAAGAAGAUAUUACUAAUCGAGAGGAAGAUCAAAGAAUGAAGGCAGGCUAAAUAAAGGAGUUACAAAAAGAGGUUGCUAAUAGCAAAAAAGAUAUAAAAGAUUUGCAUGCUAAACUAAAAACGUCUUAAGAUACAAAUACAAAGCAUGAGUAAAGCAUAGCGUAGCUUUAAACUUAAAUUCAAGCUAAGAAUGAUGAGUUAGAGUAGAGAUUGGAAAAUAUUACGUAGUAUCAAAAGGAGUUAUCUGAUAAAACAAGUGAGAUAGAAGUACUUAAAGAGAUGGUAAAGGGCAAUCAGCUCUAACUUAGGUCAAAAGAGAAAGAGGUUUUGCAAUUAAAGCAGAAAAUACAAAGAUCUGAAGGUACAUAACUUGCUUAGAGACAAUAAUAAAACAUGAUAAGUAACUAGCAAAUGAUGCAAUAAUAACAACCACCUCUGGGCUAGAAAAAAGCACCACUUGGAUAGCUAAAAGGUACUCCUUAGAGAUCGAGAGGGAAUCCUCCUCCAAGUAAAUUACAAAAUGCAAAUAGUUAGUCUAGCUAUUUACCUCCGCUAGACUCCAAAAAUCUGUAAAACUCAUAAUAUGAUGUGAUGUCAUAAUUCUCUGGAAAGACAAUCAACUCAAACAGUGCAAAUGCCAAGUAAUUAGCACCUUUGAAGUAAGGCUCUAGAGAAUAGUUAAUAAAUCCACCACUGUCAAAUAAAUCUGGGAUCUAGUAAAGAAGAAUAAUGGAAGAUGCUGAGGGAGAAGUAGAUCAGAGUACCCAUUUUGAAAGAAAAACUAGUAAUAAAGUUGGAAGACUAGCUUCUUAAGGCAGGAUAUCCCAAGAACCUUAGCUUUCAUAUGCUGAAAAUAACCUUGACAACAUUCAACAGCUUGCUAAUGAUGUUAAAAGCGCAUUAUAUGAUGAAAAUGAUGAGUAUGAAAUGGCAAACGCUGAAAAAUAAAGGGUAUCAUAGUAAUAAUUAAGAAGUUAAAAAUCAUAACAGAGUUAUUUUCAAUCAUAAGAAUAUGAACAAGAUCAAUAGUAGUAGCAAUAUUCAGAAGAGCACUAGAUUUAGAGCUAACCAAGACUAAUGUCACAGGGUGAAGGUAAUGGAGGAGGGGCUCAUGAGCAAAGUUUUGAAUAAUAUGAUUAAGAUUAGGAUGAAUACUGA